GGGGAUUUUUCACUUACUAUUUGUCCAAAAGUGGGUGGGUUUAGAUGACCGUAUAGGUAUAAAUGUCGCAAAUGACGGUGACAGCUAUCAUUAAUCCGAUGACUUGCUACUGUCACUAUGAAGCGUGAGCUCAGUGGAUCUCUGUGGAGCUAUGAAUUCAUCAUCAUGUUCCUCGUGGCUCAGAUGCAUCCCGUGCUUUCUGCUCCGACUCAUAUGAACUGUGAUAUAUUCGAGAAAUCCGAGUUUGUGACAGCUUUGCUUUUACACGAAGCCAUUCAGACAUUUGAACAAUAUAUAGCGUAUUAUCACUUCGAGGGGGAUCCAGAUGAGCUUCUCGACUCCACAGUGGCCGGUGUCACUCCCUCUGAGAAACAGCUGGACAUUUAUGUGAAGACCAUGCUUUUCCGUUUGCACAUUCACCAAGUGAAAGACGACCAGGAGAAGCUUUUCAAAGCUCCAGAAUCGAUUUUGAUGCCGCUGAAGGACAUCAGACAUAGGCUCGGUCACCAUUUGGAUUUAACAAAGACGAUUCUUGGCUUAUUGGAGGGUGAGGUGGAGCUGCCGCCCAGGCCGACCCCGCUGGCUCUGCCCUACGAGCACCGCUACGAAAAAAAAGUCUACGGUUGGAAGAUCCUGGCCUCGUUAAAGCACUGGCUGGCCCGAGUGCUGGAGGUGCAGUCGGAGGCAAAGGCCGGCUGUCUGGAGGGGAUCUAAAAUGUCUCCUG